UCUGGUUUACUUGUCAGUCAAUUAAACCGGCUUCAGUUGAUUAAUAUUGUGUCCGGAGCAAAAUGCCCAUCAUUGUGAAGGACUUUACGUGGACGCAAACAGACCAUUAUAUCUGCGUCCAUGUUCCUUUACAUAGUGCGCCAAGUUCUGCAGUUGACUUGUUUACAUCCGAUGAAUACUUCAAAGCAUCAUUUGAGUCAUUCUUCUUUGAAUGCUUCCCAUAUGAAAGCAUAAAUUCAGAUGAAUCGAGUGCUACUAUACUUAGUACUAAAAUAAUUUACGAGUUAAAGAAACAAAACCCAGAAAAGUGGCCGCAAUUGGAGAAAAUUCUAUCAAAAGAUGAGAAAAAGGCUAUAAAAGCGAAAGCAAUUGUUGAUACGCAAGAAAAAUUAACAAAACAAGCAGAAGAUAAAAGGAAUAAUUUCUAUCAAGCGAAAAGAGACGCUGUUUCUAUGUCUGUGGAAAUUGAUGGUCAACAGAGAAGAAAAAUUGAUGAAUUAAGAGAAAAAGAAAAAAUAAAAGCUUUGGGAGAUAUUGAAGAGUUGAAAAUAGAUACAAAGUCAACGAAAUUUAAAAAAUCUAAGGUUAUGUUAGCGCAUUAUAAAAAAACUUAUCAACAAAGUGACGAAGAUAAAGUUACUGAAAAGGAUAUUCCAGCUGUACCAAUGCCUAGAAGCUAUAAUGGUAAUCAAGGUGUUGUUGAAGUAGAAUUCACUCCAAGAGUUCUCCCAACACCUAGCAGAGAAAGUAAAGAAGAAGAAGAAAUUGAAUGGUUAAGUAAACAAGUUCAAGCUCGUAGAACCGCUGGUUUUGUCAGUGAAGACCUACGCCCAGAAGAAAAAAAUCCUGAUUAUAUUCUGUUCAAAGGAAAGAAAUUUAUGGAACAUAAAAAUUAUUUGGGUGCUAUCAGCGCGUUUAGUUUCGGAAUAGAAUUAUCACCAAACCUUGUGGAUUUUUAUAUUUUGCGAUCACAAGCACAUUACUUGAUUGGUAAUCAUCAUAAAUGCGUCCAGGACUGCUCGACCGCCAUUGAUUUAAUGAAGCCCGAAGUUUACGCCAACUUGUCGCAGCGUACCGAAUGCAUUCAUCGACGAGGAAUGGCCCUAUUCAAAUUGGGUCUGAAGAGGCAAGCCGCAGACGAAGUAAAAGCCGCCAUCGCUUUGCAACCAUCGCCGGAAUUGACUAGGGACCUGUAUGAAAUUCUGGAUAGUCCUGAAUACGUUGAAAAGGAACACGAGACCAAGGGACUUAAAGAAAUUCACCACUGAAUAUG